GCGCCGCUGAGUUCAGUUUUCUUUUUGUGUGUUUACUGCUCAUCGAACUUAGUGUAGGGGUUGAAACACCGGCCACGAGACAACACAUAUAUAAUAUCUCUUUCGGCUUUGUUUUUGAAGGCGGCAAGGGUUUCGAAACUCUGUUUGAGUGCGAUGUCGUGCAUGCUGGUCAGUCCAUCCGGAGUCCGAGUCCUGCUGGAGGACGGUCGAGCUGUGAUGCUGGGCCGGGGUCCGGACACCGGCGUCGCGGACAAGAAGUGCUCCAGGCACCAGGUUAAAGUUGUGGCUUGCUUUGCCGACCAAGAUGUUAUUGUCACCCAGCUGGGUCCGAAUCCAAGCUCCCUGGAUGACCAGAAGUUGGGCCGUGGCCAGUCUGGCCGACUUAAACACGGAGGUUCCCUUUACUUGGUUAAUCAACAACACCCAUUCCGGUUGCACUACUCACUGAGUUCAAAUGGCUCAGCCAGCACUGCGCAGAAGGGACUGAAGGCUUCAGAUAAGACUGAGAGCGGAAGAAGAGGCGUCCCGCAGCAGGGAAGUCCCACACCCAAACGCAGCAUAAAGGAUUUCUUUUCUAGCUCUCCAACUAAGUCAACUAAGAGGGCGUUAAGCCCAGAAGGGGAUCAAUCCGACAUGAAGCGUCGCAGAAAAGGCGGAAGGACCACAGGGCCACAGAUGAAGGAAGAUGAGGAGGACGAGGAUGAGAAGGAGGCCGAAGCCAAGCUCAGGAAGCUGCAAGAGUUGGCUGAGAAGUCCGUGACGGAGACGAAAGGGAGCGGCGCAGAGUCGUCCUCAUCUUCAAAAGCUUGUUCAAAGAGUUUCUGGCAGCAGACAGGGAACCUCCUGUUGUACACGGCCGCAGGCGUCAAAGGGAGUGAUAAGGUUGCUGGGUUCGACAUUGACGGCUGCAUCAUCACGACCAAAUCUGGCAAAGUCUUUCCUACUUCGCCGGACGACUGGAGGAUUCUGUUCCCCGAGAUUCAACCUCGACUGGCCAACCUGCUGAAGAAAGGAUACAAAGUGGUGUUUUUCACAAACCAGAUGGGGAUAGCCAAAGGUAAGCUGCGGCCAGAGGCCUUCCAGGCCAAAGUGGAGGACAUCCUGGCCAAGCUGCAGCUGCCUGUGCAGGUGUUUGUGGCGACAGGUCCGGGUGUCUUCAGGAAGCCCGUCACAGGAAUGUGGAAUCACUUGUGUGAGCAGGCCAACGAUGGAGUUGAAGUUGACAAAACUCAAAGCUUUUACGUCGGUGAUGCUGCCGGCCGACCAGAGAACUGGGCCCCGGGCAAGAAGAAGAAGGACUUCUCCUCCAGUGACCGACUGUUUGCACUGAACAUCGGACUCCAGUUCCACACACCGGAGGAGUACUUCCUGGGCUGGAAGAGCGCCCCCUACAACCUGCCGACUUUUGAUCCUAGGAAACUGGACUCGAGUGACCGACUCUACGACCCGCCGUCAGCCUCUCUCACCUCCAGCACUACAGAAGUGAUUGUUGCCGUGGGUUUCCCAGGAUCUGGUAAAUCCACCUUCUUCCACACGCACAUCAUCCCUAAGGACUACGUCUACGUCAACAGGGACACACUGGGGUCAUGGCAGAACUGCGUCGCUGCGUGUGAGCGCGCUCUGAAGGAAGGUCGCAGCGUUGCCGUCGACAACACCAACCCCGAUCCUGAGUCUCGCAAAAGAUAUGUGGAUGUUGCUCGCUCGGCUGGAGUCUCCUGUCGCUGCUUCCUCUUCUCAGCCUCUCUGGAACAGUCCAAGCACAACAACAGAUUUCGUGAAAUGGCGCCUUCAGACACCAAACACGCCAAAGUCAACGAUAUGGUGUUUCACAGCUACAAGAAGCACUUUGUCCCCCCUGCUCUGUCCGAAGGCUUCACAGAGAUUCUCACCAUCCACUUUGUCCCAAACUUCAAAGACAAAGAGUCCGAGAUUUUGUUCCGACAGUUUUCCGAAGGCUGAUUCACGUCAAACCUUGGGAACGUUGCCAGAAGUAUAUGUUUGCAAGCCAUGUCGAAGAAGAUGAUGGAUCACAAGUUGUGUUUUCAA